CGGGCGGUGCGGCGAGGCGAGGCCGGCUCCGUGCUCCCGGGCCGGGGCCGCUCCCGCCGGCAGGUCCCCGGGCUCCGGCUCGGACCCUGGAGGGGGCGCGUCCUUCCCCUGGCAGGGCGGCUGCACCCACCCGCGCUAGCCUCGAUGGAGCGAGGCCCCGCACGCGCUGGAGUCGCGGGGGGCGGGCACGGGCUGCUGGGGGGAGAAGAGGCCCGGGGCAGUCGCGGGGGCCGGAGGGGCCCGGGGCUCUCCUUAGGCCCCGAGUCUGGCUGUGAACCGCCUCCGCCCCUCGCCGCUGCGUCCCGCUGGCCGGUGUCUGGCGGGGCUCGUUGUUGGGCUGCUUGCGGCCCCCUGCGAGAAGGGAACUUCCGGCCUCUUCCCCCCCCCCCCCCGUCUCUCGCCAAAGCUGGGGUGCGGCCCCCGGGCAGGAGGCGACACCGCGUUGGAGAAACAAGAUACAACAAAGACAAGAUACUUCAAGGACAAGGUGUGGAUGAGCCCCUUUCUGCAACUGGUUUCAGACAAGCAGAUGCUGCUGGUAUAUUUCUUAGUAAUGUAAAGUUUACUCAUGUCUUCUCAAGUGACCUCCUUCGAGCAAAGCAGACUGCAUCCACAAUUAUAGGAAAGAAUAAGUUUUGCAAAGAUAUUGUAAUACAGUAUGAUGCAAGACUGCGAGAGAGGAAAUAUGGGAUUGCUGAAGGAAGGCCAUUGAGUGACCUAAAGGCAAUGGCAAAGGCUGCUGGAGAGCAAUGUCCUUCGUUUACACCAUCUGGAGGAGAAACACUAGAUGAGGUAAGGGCACGUGCAAAGAGUUUCUUUGAAUUUCUGUGUCAACUUUCUAUUGAAGAAGAGUGUCAGAAAGAACAAGCUGUUCUGGGUAUGGCAGGCAAUGGCUUGGAAACAUUGGAAGGAAAACCAGUUUUCCCUUUGAGAAACCACUGCUGUGGACUUGAACUUAAUUCUGAUACUGACAAAGAUACAAAAAUGUUAAAUCCCAAUAUAUUGGUGGUGAGUCAUGGGGCAUACAUGAGAAACUGGUUUGGUUAUUUUGUUUUGGAUCUAAAGUGCACUUUACCAUCAGCUUUAAAAAAGUCUCAGUUAUCUUCUGUGAGCCCUAAUACUGGAGUGAGUCACUUCAUUAUAAACCUUGGAAAUGGAGAUGUGAUUAAACCUGAAAUCAGUUGUAUUUGUCUUAAUCGAGAUGAUCAUUUAGCAGAUGUGAAUACUGAAAAUGUGUAGCUCAAACAAUUAAAAUGUUAGCAAUAUUAAAUGUAUUGUAUAGCAUUUUUAGUCUUUUAAGUUAUUUAAGCAUGAGAAAUAAUUUAUUUUAAAAAAUACUCUUAAUUAGCAAAGAAGUCUUGACUAAGUUCAUGUUAUAUUUGGAAAAUUGGUCUUAAUAGUUAAUUGGGUUGACUUGAAUUCAUUUAUUGGCACUGUAUUGCAAGAUUCUGAAGAAUUGUAAUAACCUGUUUUACAAUAAUAUACACAGUAUAAGAUGACCUUAGUGCUUGAUAGUAAUUCAGUAUUGUAAAAAUUAUACUAAAACAUAUUCUUUAUGAACAGGAACUUAAAGAUAUUACUAUUCAGGACUCCUGGAUAUCUGUUGCUAUAGUGUUUUUUAUAUCUUUUUACCAUUCUAUCAAAAAUGUUAUGGAUAUCAUCAGCUGUUUUUCAAAAAAUAUUACAUGACAAAAAGUUUAGAAAUACUGUAACUAAGGAAGUUAAUUUUUUCUCCAACCUACUGUGCUAUAACUUUAUAUAUGUAAGUUGUUUUUUAUAAAUGUAAAUGUGUUCCUAUUUUAAUGUAAUAGUAUAACCUAGUAGAGGGAGCAUUGUCUAGUGGGAAGAGCAUGGAAGAGUAGGUGUUUGGGGAAGACCUGGCCCUGCCACUGACUAGCUGUGAGACCCUGGGCAAGUCUCUUAAUCUCUCCAUGUCUGUUUUCCCAUCUGUAAAAAUGCAGUGUUGAUUGUUUAAAACAGUUAUUAGGGUGAGGAGCGCUAACUUGCGCAUAGCCAAAGUUAUGGCCUCUGUCCUGAAAAGGAAUUCUUGCACAUGGAACAUUGUGUCCAGCUAGAGUCCCAAUGGUUUAAAUGGGACUCUCAUGAGUGGUUACGUUUGCAGGGUCUAGGCUGCUGUAAGCACUCACUGAGUGCUUAUGGUUACUGGUAAUACUGUAUGUUCUUCCACCUUUUGGGGUGUCUUUAUUAUUCACAUGUAUGAGUGCACAUGUAAUGACUCUGUAUAUGUUGUAGUAAAACUAUGCUCGCAAUUUGCAUAUCUUAAAAGAUUGUAAAUAAAACCAUUAAAGCCCUAUGUGUAGAA